AUGGAUUCCUGGAAAAUGGAGCAGCAAGUUGAGGACUACGCAUCCAAGCUCAUGUCUGAUGACGGCCCUACCGUACUUGAAGCCUGGGUCUCCAUCGCAGCGCUCUCCGCGAGCGGAGUGAUUGCAAGAUACUGUCUCAAGGAGGAAGGCAAGGCACGCGAGCUAGCGCGAAAGCUUUUGGACACUCAUACCUUCUGCGCGCAAUUCUACGCACAAAAUGUGCGGAGGACGGGGGUGAAACAGGGCUACUUCCUGAGUAUUUUUGCACUGCAGAUUGUCAAAGGCUUCGUGAAUUUUGCUCGGGUUUCAAAGCGGAUGCGCUGCUGCUUACUCGACCUGAAUGAUUUCUUUCCUGCGCUUGGACACCUUCUUACGGACGACUUCAUGGAGCUGGCCGAAGUGGAUGACGUUCGAAAGGCCACCCAUCACGUACACCAAAUGCUGGUGACGUUCCUCUCCUUUGAGGACAGCAAGCAACGGGCGCUAGAUAAAGGGCUCAUACAGAUCCAUGCAAGCUUGUUCAGUCGGCUGUCAAAGAUACUGGAAAAAGAUGGUUCUAAGAAGGACCCUGCGGAGUUUGCAAGGAUGGAAGCACAAGUAAAGGAAAUCGCAGAUGCUGACAGGUACAGCAGAGACUCUCAGGAUGCUCUGAAGGCGAGGCGCGUGCAAGCACGCUAUCUGGAAGCAUUCAAGGAAGCAAUAGGGGAUCGGGCGGAAAGACAGGCUGGUACGCCGCUCAAGAAAGGGUCGAAGGCAGGUUUGAAGUCUGCAAAGUCCUCAGCAGACUGGGCAAGCGGGCAAGAUGUGGACACGCCUAUUGUGUGCUCUUGGGAGCUGUUGCGAACUCGGAUCGGCGGUGGACGAAGGCAGACGCUUCAGCAAGUGUUCAAACUGUUCGCUCGCGUUCUACUGCAGCAAGGAGCACCAGAAGUUGCAUUGGCCAAGCCACAAAAAGUACUGCAAGGCCACGGCGUGAUAUCUGCGGAUAUUGUUCUCCAGUAUUGA